AUGACUGACGGUCGAGAUCGGCGAUUUAUUAUUAGCCUAAGUUCUAGUGAAUCGAGCAGUUUAGAUGAAAUAUCUCAAAGAGAUGAUGAUUCUGAAGGGUGGGCUGAUUGCCAGACUUCGUGUGACUCUCCGCAGAGCCGAGAGAUCGAUAUUCAUGGUGAACCAACGGCAACUGUCGGUGGGCAGGGAGCUUGCAGUGAUCAAGUAACUAAGGAUAUGCACUCGGAAGCAUCACCCAAACAGGGAGUAGCCCUUGAUCAAGAGGUCUCUAAGCCUUCAUCAGUGGCAAAACCCUCUCCGGAAACCUGUAAAAGCAAAAUUUUUGCUGGAAGUGCUCUAUUCGGGGCUGGUUUUCCGUCUGGUCCACCGCCCUCAGGCAAUGUGAUUAUCCCUUCUGAAAAAGACGAUCAGCAGCUUCCACGAUAUCGAGUUGCGAGCGACUCGGAAUGGGAUGCGAUGGAAAUUGAGAAGAAAAAGAAGGCUGCUAGUACUCCUGCAAGUGGUCCGUCUUUUCGCAGUACGCGGCGUAAGGAACCCUCCUCAAAUUUUCCAAAGAAUGAGUCCACGAAAAAUGUGAAACAGUCCACAAGACGUUCGACUGAAGCAGCUUCCGAACAGCGACCAACAUAUGAAAAACAGCCUCAAAAUUUGGUGUACAGAAGCUACACGAGCAAUCCUUCACGAAACCGGCGGACGGUUAGCAAAAAGGAUUUUGUGAACGUCUGCCGACAAUUAAUAGGUUCUGAAAGCGAAGACGAGCAAUACUGUGAUGAGCUCGAUCUGGAACAGAACCAAUGUCUUCCAGCCAAUCAUUCC